AUUCAUCGGCCUCAACGGCGUAUGCAUCCUCAGCAUCAUCGCGCUCAUGUUCGCAGGCAGGAUCCUGACACUUGUUCACUGUGACGCCGACCAGUCAACAAGAUCCUCGCACUAAAUUGGGAGCUUACUCGAAGCGACCAUUCUUCCCUCUGCCACAAUGGGAAUCACAAAGAACUCUGAUCACAUUUUGUGGGAAGCAGCCAACCUGGGGGCCGCUUUUUGGGCACUCCUUAGUCGUCUCUUCAUCAUCAAAGACACAGUGAAUUUCUUCUGCUGUUCUUGGAAAGAACUUUGGUCUCAGCGUGCUGACUGCCGUCCAAAUACUGUAUGUUUCCCACCCCCCUCUCCUCCUUUAUUGGCAAACAAGCUCACAUUCAUUUCUUUUGUACACAGGAUGAGAGCUGUGAUCCUCUGCAUCACGCGGACACAUUCACCCUUGUUUCUGCCCUUUUUCCGCUUCUCUAUUGGGUGCUUGAAUGUCCUUAUGGGCCUUAUAUUUCAAAAACUUGAAGGCACCAAGUCUAAACGGUCUGUGACAUUCUGGAGGGAGCACACAAAGAGUGCGCUGCCGACACAAGCAAGGGGCGUUGAUAUUCACCCCAUUUUGAAUAUGGCUUCUGUGCGCCGCCCUCGUAUGUGUCGAAUAUGUGGCCGGGGGUAAGGCUGAGAAGCCGUUUAAUAAAGCGGGCUUUGGGGUCGGUAGGUAGGGAGAAAAGGUGGUGGGAGUGAGGGGGUAUUUCAUUGUGAAGCCUGCUGAGUCGUUGCCGCAAUAUGUAUAGAAGUCCGUGCUAACGGGAAUAUGGAUAGCUCGACGGCUGCUGCUGCUUGAGCCCAUGUUUAUGACCACCAGAUGCUUUCUACCUGACCUAUAGUUGUGGGACCUUGAAUGAACAUUGGACUCUACUUGGAGAUAUAUUG